AUGCUCAACAGCACCGCCGAAGCUCUGCCGACCACGACAAUAUGCAACAGGACGGCGUCCUCACAGCCAUCCAACUCACAGUUCUCGCUGGGAGUGCUGGUGCUCCUGGCUGUCCUCAUGGUGCUGCUCGCUCUGGUCACCAUCCUUGGCAACGCCUUGGUGAUCCUUGCUUUCCUACUGGACAGAAACCUCCGGCAUCGGAGUAAUUACUUCUUUCUCAAUCUUGCGAUUUCUGACUUUGCAGUGGGUAAGUUGCAAGGGUGGAGGCAUGGAGUGUUUGUUCCUUUGCAAUGUUAAGAGAAGCCAGGAAGUAUUUUGCUGGGUGGUUUCUUCAAAGAUCA